AGCCGAAAGGCCCGGCGAGCCAGCCUGCUAGUUGAAUAUGCUCAGCGCUCCCGUCGCGCUGCGAGGCGCCGUGCGGCGGGUCACGGUCGACCGCGCGGGCUCUGUACUUGCCUCCGAGUUUGAGGGUGGCUCCGUGGAGCUGCACGCUCUGAACGGUUCUCACCGCUGGCACCGGCCGGGCGCCGAAGGCGCAGCCUUCUUGCGGACGGCAGAGCUGGAGGUUGACUACUGCGCGCUCCUGCUGUGGCAGAGCGCUGAACCGGUCGUCGCCUUGUUUGCCACCGGCGCGUGGCUUGAGGGGCCGAGCACUCGGCCGCCGACCGAGGUCGCCCGCCUGCCAGCGCUGAGCGGCGGCGGCGGUCACUGGACCACCGCGGCGCGCGGCGAUCAUCUGCUCUGCGCGGCGGCCGGAAGCGUGGCGGUGAUGCAGGUCCGACAGGCGGCAUGCGAGGGAGGCGUGUCGCUCUGCCACCUAUACACCGUGAGCGGCGCGCCCGCGCUGCCGUUUGCCCUGCUCGGCGUAGCUGACGCGGCGGGCCGGUUGAGUUCGCUCGUGGUCGGCGGCGGCUCCGAGCGCGCGGUGGCAGUCGGCAGCCUGGAGGACGGCGCCGAUGUCGAGUGGAGCACCCUUCCCCUCCCUGGGCCUGACAGAGCGGCAGAGAGGGGCGCCGCGGUGGAGGAUGCGGAGGGGUCGCCCGGUCCCGCCUCCCGUGCGGCCUCGGGCACCGCCUCGGGCGCC